GGAGCCCCCCUGCAGGCGCUGAGGACAGAGGGAAAUUAAAAGUGCACUUUUUGGGGGACGUUUAUCCGCGGAGGAACCGAUAAGGGGGUCGGACCGGCGUGGAGGAGCGCACCAUGGCCUCAAAGGAGACCACAGCGGCGGGCUUCGUCAACGUCAGCAGGGAAAUCACAGAGAGCAUCAGGAAGGUGCUGGACAAGCAGGCCAUUAAGUUUGUGCGAGCCAUCAAGCAGGACACGAGGAGCGGCAAAACAGAGGACAGAAUUCUGGUCCUGGCAACAUGGAGGCUGUAUCUCUUCGCUGUCAAAGUGCCCACCAAGGUGGAGGUCACCUUCAACUUCUUGGAAAUCCGAGCAAUGAACACCUAUCAAGAAUACCAGGUUAUCAUCGAUACAGACAAGACUACCUAUUCCCUAAGAUUGCAGACCCAGGACCAGCUGGAUCACGUGGUCAGCCACAUCAACUACGCCCUCUCCCGAGUCUUCAACAACUCCAUUUAUGCUCCUCCUAUUUGUCGAGCAGAGGGAGACCUGACUGAUGGAAGUCACAAGUUUUCACCCAACUCUGAAUCCUCAGUAGAUCCCCAGAAAACGUGCGGAGGUUUUUCUGAGACCUAUGCAGCUCUUUGUGACUACAAUGGAAUUGGCUGCAAAGAAGAAGUGCAGUGGGACGUUGACACAAUCUACCACUCUCAGGACAACCGAGAGUUCAAUCUGCUGGAUUUCAGCCAUCUCGACAGCAGGGACUUGGCGGUGAUCGUGGCCUCCAUUGCCUACAACACCUGGUUCACCAAGCUGUACUGCAAAGACAUGAAAAUAGGGUCGGAGGUGGUGGACCAGGUUCUACACACAGUCAGCAAGUCCAACAGUCUGGAGGAGCUCACUCUGGAGAACGCAGGACUCAAAUCGGAUUUUCCGCAGAAGAUGGCGUCAGCGCUGUCAGAGAACCCGGCCUCUGUGAUUCACUCCCUAAACCUGGCUCAUAACACGCUCGACAACCAAGGCGUCUCCAACCUGAUUCAACAGGUGUGUCGCCUCAACAAGGGACUGCGCCUCCUCAAUCUUGCCAAGACCUCCCUCUCCUCCAAGGGUGUUGUGUCUCUGUCCCAGGCGUUGUGUUCCAGUGAUGACUACUCUAAUUCCCUGCUGCAUCUGGACCUCAGCAAAAACCCCGGGGUUCUGUCUGGAGAGGACGCCACGAACCUGUACCUUUUCCUGGCCCAGCCGAACUGCCUGGUCCAUCUGGACCUGUCCGGGACAGACUGCACCGUGGACUCGUUGUUUGGGGCGUUGCUGCGAGGCUGCUGCGCUGACCUCUCCUACCUGAACCUGUCCAAGAACUCCUUCUCUCACAGGAAAGCGAGAGAUUCACUGCCGACCUUCCGCCAGUUCUUCAGCUCGGCGUUCAGCCUGACCCAUGUCAGCCUGGCCUCUGUGAAAGUCCCUCCUGAUUCACUGAGGGCUUUGUUCCUGGGUCUGUCCAAUAACCCUCAUAUCACUGAUUUACACCUGGACAUCAGCAGCUGUGAGUUGAGGUCAGCAGGUGCCGGCGUGAUUCAGGAGCUGUUUCCUCGAGUUUCGUGCGUGGGGUCUUUAGACAUCUCUGAUAAUGGUUUGGAUGCUGAUUUGCUGGCUGUCAUCCCAGCGUUCUCCCGACACCCCUCCCUCAAACACCUGAUGCUGGGGAAGAACUUCAACAUCAAGGGCAGGGUGCUCGAUGAUAUUCUGCAGAAACUGGUUCAUUUGGUGCAAGAGGAAGAGUGUGCCCUUCAGUCCCUCUCCCUGGCUGACUCAAGGCUCCGUCAGCGGGGCACGGUGCUGGUCAACGCUUUGGGCUCCAACACCUGCCUACGAAAGGUGGACCUGAGCGGAAACCUCCUGGAGGACUCUGGCGCAAAGAUGCUCAGCAAAGCCUUGCAGAUCAACACAACACUCAGGAGUGUGACGUGGGAUCGCAACAACACCACAGCGACAGGCUUCCAAGAUGUGGCUAGAGCGCUGGAGCACAACUUCACCCUUCAGUUCAUGCCCAUCCCCCUCAGUGAUGUCACACAGGCGUACCGCAGCGCCCCGGAGAAGACGGACCUGGCCCUGACCAAGAUCCAACGUGCCCUGCUUAGGAACAACCAGACUCAGCGUUUCUCACAGAAGCAGGCGCUCAGACUGCACCAAGGCCUCGUCACCAGCACUGCAGAACAGGUUAUGGAGCGUCUGUGUGUGCGCGUGCAGCAGCAGGUGUGUGUCCUUAAAGGCUGUGAGGAAGGAGAGGAGGUUCAGACUGCCAGACAAAUCCUGAAAGAAGCCAGAGACUCCCGAGCUCUGUAUCCGUCUCUCUGCGAGUUGGCCCAUGUGCUGUCGGUGGACGGCCCCGUCAAACAGCGACUCGACACUCUGGCGGGAGAACUUGCCAAGGCUGCUGACAAAGAGCUGCAGGUGGUGGUGGACUCCAUGGUGUCUCUGUGUCGAGAAUUGUGUCCCAUGUCCUGCUCGGCUGCAGAGAGACUCAGCCCGCCCCUCUCCUCCAUCUCUGAGCAAGUCUCUAUCCCUCGCUCCGCCAUCCGCAACGCCCUGAUGGAGAGAGCAGCUGAGGAUAUCAACCGAGCCCUGGAGGAGGUGAAGCUGUCUGUGGUCUCAUAUCUAACCAACUCCAUCGUGGAUCAGAUUCUGCAAGAGCUCUACACCACUCAUAAAACCCUGCUACGGCAGGUGUCUCAGGUGAAGCGUUGGGAUGACGUCGGGACGGGCAGACGCACAGUCAGACAGUCCAGGAUCCUCCAGGAGUCUCUGGAGUUUACUGACGAGGAGUUCGGGGUCAACCUGGGAAUCGACACGAUGGCUAUUAAGAAGAGGAGCUCCAGGACCAGAAGAAUCCGACCCGUCUCCACCAGACUGAGUCUUGGUGAUGAACCCAGCUCGUCUCCGACCCCCUCUGCUCCUCCGCACUCUGCCUCUCUGACCCACUCGGCAUCAUGGGAGUGUCUGUCCACCCUCCCCACCAAUGGCUCCCCCCUGCGUCACGUGACCCACGUCAGGCCCCGCCCACCACGCAGACACAGACCAGGGCACCUUCCCCCAGAGUCUCACUGCUCAGAGAAUGGAGGAGUCAGUAUGCUGGAGGAUGGACUACCUGACUUCUACAGCAAGAGAGUUCUACCUGACAGUCAGUUGUCCUCCCUCCACCAGGCCCAGUCACUGAGGAGGAAGAAGAGACGCAGCGUGUUGUCCCUUUUCUCCGGCUUCCGUAAGAACCGCAACUCCACCAUCUCUAAUCAGGACUGCGACAGCGCCUUAGAGAACGUCUACUCGAUGAUUCAGCACCCGAAGGAUGCUGGGAGGCCAGAGAGCGCAGUUCCCGGAGCCAACGGGGCCAUGCCUUCACCUCGGCCCAUGCAGGGUGUGCCUGGGAUGAGGGGUCCCAGCCCCCCCUGCCUCAUCCAAAGACAGUCCACAGACCUGGUCAGCAUGGUUUACAGCUGCAUCGGGGCAGAAAUCGAGGACUCCGAUGGGAGCAGCACCUGUGACAUCAAAGAUGCAGACGAUGCUGACAGAUCAUCCACCGUCUCAGAUGCGCCCGCAGAAACCCGGACCAACGGCCACGUGGCGUCCUCCAAACAGCAGACGGACAGACAGAUGGAGGCAGGCAGGCAGGAGAGGAUCGUCCCCCUAACAGAGGCAAGGACUGAGAUGGACGAGGACGGACAGAGCGGUGGAGGAAACGUGGCCCCCUGUGGGGCGAGGCCAGAGCCCCCUCCACAGGGCUGCAAGCCCAGUCUGGUUGCUAUGAGGCAGCGACACCUGCAGGAGAGUUUAGAGGAGGCAGGAAGGCUGGAAGCAGAAGAAGAGCAGAGUGAAAGGAAGCGUGAAGAGAAGCAGAGAGCGAGAGGACCAGAGGGGCAGCGUCCCCUUAUACCCAAUAAACCAAGCCUCGACGUCCUGAGAGACAGGACCUCUCCGGAAAAAUCUGUGACCCCUCCCAAAACCUCACCUGUCAGUCCGGGUGAGAGAACAACCAAUGAGCAGAGGGGUUUGCUUCCUGUUCCACCAAUCAUUGAGGAGGAGAUCACCACCGAGAGGGAGAGCCCCCCUGCUUCUGCCAAGCACGGGAUGGAGGCUGCAGAAGAUGUCAGCCCAGUCGAUGGAGAAGGCCGAAAUGGAUUUCCAGCGACAUCACGUCACACCAGGAAGUCCAACUCAUUUGACACAGGCAUGGAGCGGGACAGCCCCUACGAUCUGGAGAGGUCUUCAGAUCGCAGAUUCCCUGUGAAAAAACCCUGUUUGCCCCAGUACAAAAACAGAUCUCUGGACUACCCUGCUGGGACCAGGUGUUAUGAAAGUCCCCAGCUUGGAAACAGAGAUCCUUUAUGACGUUAUGAGAGCGCCGCAGGAAGGACAGACUUAAACUUGGAGGACUGGAGAGAGACGAGCUUUUAAGACUGUGUGCACUGAACUAACAAAGACCCGACAGCAGAUUUAUUUAGUUUUUAAUCCAUUUGUUGCUGAAGAUGCAUGUACUGUAUGCUUUCUGUUUUUUAACCGGACAUAAGGAACUUGUCACACACAGUCGUUCUACUGUAUGUCUCUCCUGUACCAUGAACUCAUGUUUUAAGCAUUUGUGCAAAAUUGAAUAUUGAUAGAGUGUCUCCUCACCCCCUCCCUGUCUUUUACUGACAAUCUGUGACGACUAAAGUGACUUUGUACUGUAUUUAUUCACAUGGACGUGUAUAUACUGAUUAUACAACUGCACUAACCAUUGUGGUACUCUACCAGUUAACAAUCAUGUUUUUAUUUGUGAUAAUCAAUCAUUUGAUAACUGUGUUUGUAAGUAUGCUUUUGGUGUAUGCUGAUGAUUGAGAAUUGUGUUUUCAUGCACUUAGCUCUCCCAUCUCUUCAAGAGUAUAUAGAUCAGUCAGUGGGUCCAGUUUGAAUCUAAUUUUGCAGCCUGGACAUGAGUAUAUUUUCUAAAAAUGCUUCUAUGAAUCAGAAUAAAUAAAAGUGACUUUACACAAG